UAUGAUAAUACUUUGGCAGGUACCUGAAACCAUACUCUUUUUUGCACCUUUUCAACAAUAAAAUAGUAAGAAUUUUUUCAGAGAUUGAUUGGGUACAAAUUUUCCAAAUAUAUAUAUUUAUCAUUUUUUGGGGGGAGGGGCAUUGUCGCUUUCUCAAACUAUGUACUGUAAAUUAGAUUCGUUUUAUUGAAAAAGUUUUUUUUUUAAAUGACUAAGAAAACUAUUUUGUACCCACCUGCUAUUUUGGGACAAGUUGGUGUUUUUUAAACAUUGAACCAUGUUCACGUGAGUCUUUUAUUCUUUCUAUACAUUAUCAUUUUAAGCAAGUUUUUGACAUUUUGUGUCAAUCUACGACGUAGGAUAGCUACCACUAGGUACCCAUUUAGAUAUUUUUAAUGAUUUUUCAGCACUAUUUGUACAUUAUUGAAAAUGAACGACCUUCAAUAAAAAGAGCAAUUUAACGUUCACAUUUUACCAAGAAAUGUGUAGGUAACGUAGUUUUUCUUUUUUUUUUUUUAACAUUUGGCAAACAUGAAAAAAAGUUCUGUCACUUCAUGAUCAUCGUAAAAAAUUAAAUUAGUAAGUAAUGACAAGUGAAAAACACUCUUGAUAUUUUUGCAAAUGUUUGCUUAAUUUUUUUUUCGAUUGUUUCGCAAAUGAGCUGAUGAAGAUUAUUGAUGAAUUGCAAGAAAUUGGAUUAUGACAAAGUCCAAGAAAUGUAUCUUCAGCCGAAGACAAUUACCUUGGGUUUUGCUGUAUUUUAUAUUGGCCUGUUUGUGUUCGGCUGCAGUCUAUUCCUUCAUUCCAUCUUCUCUUCAGGGUGAAGAAAAUACAAUCGCUGCAGAGGAAAGAGGAGGGAAACAUGGCAUAACAACUGAAUCAGAAAAUUUUAUAAUAAAUGUGCCUUCAGAAAAUUCAAACGAAAGCCAGUAUUAUUUAGCUGCUGUGAUCGAUUACGAUGUGUCUAGAUUUUUGAUCACACCGAUCGCUGUGAAGAAUAACUUGAAAAGUAUAGUGGAUAUUAUUGGAGAAUGUGGAAGACUUAUGGUCGAUAUUGUGGUUUUUCCAGAAGGAGGUAUCUUUGGAUUUUUCCCAAUAGGUAGAAUUGAUGCAUUACUCGCAUCAUCGUAUGUUCCUGCCACCAAUGAAUUUAUUGUACCAUGCAAUGAACCGAAUUACAGAGAAAGCCUCGUGUAUCAUUUAUCGUGUGCUGCGAAAGAAAACAAUAUUUAUGUAGCAGUCAAUCUCAUAGAGAAAGCACGUUCGUGGAAAUCUACCGCUUGGGAUGGACUUGUACUGUACAACACAGCAGUAGUUUUUGACAGAAAUGGCAUGGUAAUUGCAAGGUACAGGAAGUUCAAUCUAUACAAAGAAAAAUAUUUUAAUGAAAUCACCACCACAGAUGAACCAGAAUAUGUGACUUUUACCACCGACUUUGGGGUAGAAUUCGGUAUAUUCACAUGUUUUGAUCUUUUUUUCGACGAACCUGCUCUUGAACUCGUUAGAAAACGUAACAUAACGCAUUUCAUACAUUUGUCCCAGAUGCUGGACAGAUUGCCUUUUCUAAUUGCUUCAGUAGUUGACUUUGGUUGGUCAUAUGCAUCAGACGUGGUCGUCCUAACAUCCUCUAUUCCUUCUCCGGGCUCCAACAUCCAUUUCGGACGUCGUCAAGGUACUCGUACUUACGUCAGAUCAUUCCAAACAUCAAACAUCAUAAUAGCCCCAGUACCCAAACACCUUCAACAAACCAUUCCCCAGUACCCCGAGGAAUAUCGCUCAUUACCAAAAUACAACCCAGUUCAAAAAAUCAAACCGAGUUCGUUCCUCAAAGAACACAUCCAAAAUAAAAUCACCAGCAAAAGGAUGAUCGCUGGAAACGAAAACAGCUCCAGUUUCAGUUACACUAGCUCAACGUUUCAAUGCAACGUAAAAGUAUCUUGGAAAAGACUAGAACGAUUCAUUCCAAAUUAUCAAUUUGUCGCCUACUCCGGGCUCAAUAAUUUAUCCAUAGCUUCGAUCAACAAUUACAACGAAAUGUGCGGUAUAACUUUAUGUUCUGAAAUCAGUUAUUCGUCCUGCCAAUUACCUCCUCGUUUUGAAGAUGCCACAGGAGUUAUUUUGGAAUCAGUGCAUAUUUCAGCCCGUUCUACGGUUUUGGAUUCGAUUAGAAUUCCAUCUGUCAUUGAUGCUGAUCUGAUGCCAUUUGAUGUGGCCAAGUUUUAUUUUGAUAGUCGUGCCGAGGAGUACUCAGGAAAGAUGAUGAAUGUUGUAGAUAUGAGACUGGAACACCCUACAACGAAUUUGCUGACUUUCGGCGUCUACAAAUUUGUUUCGAAAUCUCAACCUAUGGAUAAAUUUAAUAUAUUUGACGACCAGUUUAACGCAGAUACCACAUAAUUAAUUCAUUCGCGUGAUAGGUAGACGUUAAGAUGACAGUAAACAAAAGUAUAAAUGUUGAAAAAAAUGCUCGCAGGCAGGCUGUCCUAUUUUUAAAAAAAAUAAAUACCUACACAAUCCAUAU